AUGUCUCGACUGGCGACGCUGAAGGACAUUCGCACCGACGAAGGCGACGAUCACGGCCACGGCAGCGACGACGACGACGAGCCCCAGCAGCACUACGCCGGCGGCACCGGUGGCUGCGUGGUUGGAGCUGCACCUGAACACGGGCACUCUGGCCUCAUUGAAGCUGUCGAGAGUGAUGGCGAUGGCCAGCUCAUCCAAGACCCGAGUCGUCGCGCUGGCAGAGGCAACGACAACCUCGUCCAGAACGUCUUCCGCCAAGCUCGCGAACAAGGCGCAAGCGAGGUCGAAGAUCAGCCAAGGCGUCAACGUCAAGCCGCGUUCGGUGGUGCAGGAAUGCGCCUGGGCGAUGGCAACGAGCCGCCACCGCAAGCUGGAGCCGCAUCGACUGCAGCAGCAGGAGCAGCAGCCGAGGAGCCCGCGUCGACAAAAGUGCACUACCGUCUGACGUUCUGGCGCGACGGUUUCUCCGUGGACGAUGGUCCGUUGCGUCGCUUCGACGACCCUCAGAAUGCUGCAUUCUUGGCCGACAUUCAACAAGGUGUUGCUCCUCGUGAGUUGAUAGGCAACACCAAUCCCGGAGAGGUCAGCAUCAGCUUGGUGGACAAUCGCACCCAAGAGUUUGUGCAGGUGAAGAAGCCAGCUCAGGCUUUUGCUGGUACUGGCUACACCCUUGGCACGCCCACUCCGAAUGUCAUCGGAACUCAGGCUGCUGGCCCGUCUGUCAGUGCAGCGCCAACUCCUGCGGCACCCGUCUCGCAGCUUUCUGUUGAUCCUUCACAGCCGACUACGAGCAUUCAAAUCCGCCUUGCUGACGGAACGCGUUCAACCAUUCGCACACCGUGGCGGACAUUCGCAACUUUGUGGCGGCGUCUCGACCCAGUGCCGUCAACUUUCCCGAACCGCGAGCUGACGGACGAGUCGCAGACCAUCAUUGCUGCAAAUCUUGCGAACGCUGUGCUUGUUCAAAAGCUCAAGUAG